CGCGGCCGAGCGCUCAUUUCCGUUUUCGAAUCCGACGUCACCUAACUCUGAAAGCCCGUGUGUUUUGUGUUUCUUUGGGGCCACGAUGAUUAUCGCUAAUUUAACGUUGAAAUUAUUGAAAUUGAAAUUAGAUUUCUUCAAGUUGUAAAAGUAUCCGAAGCAAAAUAUUAAACACUCUCAGCUAUAGUUAAUAAAUAAGCAAAAAGAAGUUGUAACACUGUACGAAAGACUUAAACAUUUAAGUAGUAACUUUAUAUUACAAAUUGAAUCGUGAUCAAAAUGGGCAUCCAAGAUCUGCAAGUCUUUUUGGAUAGCAACUAUAUACAAGGGGGAUCUGUACCAGUUGAUCUAUUAAAAAUUGCGCGUGCCAUUGUACGAAGGCAGCACAAUCGUAUUGGUAGAGAGCAACGAUUAUAUACCGAGAAGUUGAGGUUAGUUCUUGAUGGGGAAUGCUGUUUGGAUAGAUUAUACGGCGGCUAUUUCUCAGAUUGGACUUGCGGAGGACAAUGGAAUCGAAUGCUACAGUUUCUAGCAGUCCUCAUAGAGGCAACAGAAAUAUCAAGCUUGGAAUUAGCUGUAUUCUUCAACGGAUGUUUUGAAUCUCCUCGACGUGCAGACUGGAUACAGAAUCAAUUACAAGUUAGGAUAAAAGUGAACAAUGUAUUGAAACACAUUUCAACAAAGGGUACUCCACCGCCAAAAAUAUGGUGGACUCCGCCAGUUUGUUUACGAACCAGUCUACGAAUGGCUCUGAGACAUUUAAAUGUUACAGUUUUAUGCAGUAUGGAUGACCACCAUCAAGAAGUAAUUGCUUAUUGUCGAGAAAAUAAUUUCAACGGUUUAAUUGCUGACGACGCAGAGUACGCAGCGUUUGAUCCUCCACGAUAUUUUUCGUCCGAACAGCUGAAACUUACGUACAAGGGUUCCCUCGAUACAAAGGAAUACGUACUUCCUGAACUUCUGAAAGCACUGAAUAUACCAUCCGAUAGAUUGUGCUUGUUAGCUGCUCUACUCGGGAAUUAUAUCUUGACUGAGCAAGAUUUGGCUGAUUUUUAUAAGAAACUCAAUCUCAACACUAAUUUAAACAAAGUAAAUGCGGAUAAAAACGAACUUACGAUAAAAGCAAUCGCCAGUUUCGUUAAAGACCUUCCAUCCGUUGAACUGGAUGUGGUGGCGCAAAAAGUGUUUGGAACUUUGUUGGAUUCAAGGUGUUCGAAAUUGCGACAGUCCGUUCAGUACUACAUAAAUGGAACCAAAGAUGGGUUUUUGCAUUACAAACUGGAGAAACUAAACAAACUGCUUAAAUUGGACUCGAAACAGAACACGAUACAGACGCCAACGUCAAAUUCAAUUGAAACGCCUGUAACUUCGGAUGCCGAUACCAAUUUGGAGACGUCGAAGUUCGCGUCCGAAACUGUGGAGAGCGAACGUGAGAGUCUAAAUGCGUACAAACAAGCGACAGCUAACGCAAAGUCUGCUCCACAAAUUGUAAUAGACCCGCCCGGUAUUCAGGGUCAUGGAGAUGCCGAUAAUAUUAGAGUGGAUGAAGUGGAACAAAGUAAUGGACAUGCCGUAAACGGUACCCAUAACCUUCUAAUUAGUUCGUCGAGUUCGAGUAGCAGUUCUUCCGCCACUUCUCCAUCUCACGCAACGGCUGAUUCUGCUAGGCAAGCAGAGAAGACAACUAGUAUUCCGACCACGGUGCCGGAAGUGAUGCGCACCGUAUCCGAGAGACACCAGAACGGAUUAAUGUCCCCUCAUAUCUAUCAGAUUCUUAUCGCCGGCGAGAUCAAGUUACCGGUUCUUCUGGAGGACGAAAAUCACCGUGAAUUUCCAUCUAUUCAUCUCAUUUACAGACCCGUUCGGCAGAUGGUGUACGCUAUAUUGUUUAAUCUUCAUCACCGAAUGUACUUGGCUGCUAAAAGUAAAGAGAAAGGUGAUAGCGAAAAGAUCGAAGUCCCAGAUGUUAUUAUAAAAGAAUGGGUAUGGUCCAAGUCGAAUCCGUACCAAGUCCCAGAAUUGGUGAAGGCAGAACAAAUAGGUUGGGGCGUCCCUACGAUUCAACGUUUGUGGUUUGGCACAGGUAUAGAUGAUAAACGCCGUCGUCUGCGAGGAUUCUUGACCUGUAUGAGGUCUGACACACCUCUCAUGUUAAAUACCACCUAUGUACCUCAACACUUGUUAGUGAUGGCUUGUGUAUUGAGAUACAUCAUGUCAUUCUCGGAUAUAAUCAAGAUCCUACGUCGUCAGGAACUAGACGCUUUCAUUGCGCAAGCAUUUUCGCCCGAACUCAUGAACGCUCAGUAUUUGCAAGAUCUUCAGCUUCCUUUAGUGACAUCUCGCGGGGUACAGUUAGCUACAUUAUUUAUGGCUGGCGUUGAGACCGCUCUCUUGGCUAACGAUGCUUGUGGCGCGCCAAUUCCAUGGUUAAUGUGUUGCCCAUGGUUAUAUUUCGACGGUAAAUUAUUUCACCACACAUUAGCCCGUGCUACGAUAGCGAAAAACUUACUGGAACUCUGCAGUGGUCACGUAGAACGUGUUGUGAAAGUUGAUCGAAUGAGGAAAGCUGUACUGGAGGGUAUCAAUGUUGUUUUUGCAAGGCCACCCAUCCCCGUUGCCCCAGGUAUUCGCGGGUCGGUGCCCCAGAAUAUUUUAGGCGCCAAUUGUACAAUUAACGACAGUUUGAUGCGUGGCCGUGGAAGCGCGACGAUGCCUCAACGCGGAUUGAUGCGUCGUCCUAUACCGUCGCGCGGCGGUCAAUUAGAAAUUGCUGGAGUUGUCGUCGGUCAAUGGGGCCCCAACUAUGGACAACCCGGACGUUUGCCUCAACCGUUGCAAGGUCAUCCUCGUGGACGACUUCCACCGCAGAUAACAUCGAUUGGCGGGCUGAAAUACGGUCUUCCACGUGGGUUCACUCCCAUGGCUCGAGCAACGUUUCCAACGCGUGGAAACAAUCGCACGCAAAUAGCGGGACGUGGGAAAAAGACCCAAAUGAAGGCAACUGGAAAGAAGAAGACCACCGUGAAGAAGAGCAAGGAGUGCGAGAAAAAAGACAGCAAGGGACGAGGUAACGGUGUCGAUGGAAUAACCGAUUACAAUGACACGAUUCCGAGCACGAAUGCAACAAAGGAGACACUGCCGGUGCCAGGCCAAUUCGAAGAUGCCGUCGAGAAUGGCAAAGGGAUAGAGAAAGGCCAAGGAGACGCUUCUCUCGUUGGUUCGGUCGCUGCUCCAGUUGCUGCUGAGAAUUAGGUAUUUAUAUAUACAUGACUUUUUAUCGACUUUUAGACACUCCCGGAUAUGACUUAAGACUGCAAUCAAAAAUCUUAUAAUAUGUGUAACGAGGUGAUUGUGCGGCAUACGACAUUUGAACGCUACAAUUUUAACCGGCAGAAGAGUCAAGCCCGAUGUACAUUUUUCAUCCUCCUUUCGUGCGAAAAGGUGAGAUGAACUGUUAUUGUUGUGGGUGCGUACGUCUAGUUCGGAGACGGAGAGAUAAUAGUAGAUUGCUAUAAUGCACAACGGUGCCCAGAGAGACCUUUCAAAUGUCCGCGCGCAGAAUCACUCGAUAAUGUCUAAAGCUCUGAUGGGGCCAAAACUAAUUAAACUAAUAUAGGAGACAAGUCAUCGGUUAACGUUAACGAUGUCAAGAGACUAUGUAACACACACAUACACAGGAUAGAGACCCGUUUCCGACGUACACAAUACGAUGUCCUCACUGCCAAAACGUACCAUUCAAUGCGUAAGAUACAAAAAUGCGAAACAAAGAAACAACAACAAGAUAAAAGAAAACACGAUUAAAAAAAAACAGUAAAAAGGUUGAGAGAAAACGGUUAAUAAUAUAACGAAAAAAAGAUUUAGAAAAGAGAAACGAUAAAAUCGUGCUUGUGCUAGAUGAGCGUUGUUUCAACGUACACUGCGCGCUCGGAAAUCACCAAUGGAAUGAGAACUCGACUGAUUAGUGUACGCGUGCGCUAAUUUUACUACACGAGAACAAGUCGUCGUCAGCUGCUAAUAAGUAUUUAAUUCUUAAGAAGUGUGAUUAUUUUUUUUACAAUGAAAAUAUAUAUUUUCCGGUAUUAUAUGAAAUGCUCGCAUUGACGGUCUCAGUACUUCGAUCCAAUGCAAAACCGGACGGAGACAUCGUUGUUUUACAAUGGGGAUAGGAUCGAGUGAUGGUUUUCUUGUUGUUCCUGGACGACGGAAAACACGCGGGAUAGAAUACUGAGACGUUCAUUAGCAAAUGGAGACUGACGCUUUUCAUAUAGGUAAAAUAUAUAUUUAUAUAUGAUUUAGAUUAGAGGUUUCCAAUAUAUAGCAUAAUAUAUCUGUAUAAGCUGUGAAUGCUCGAUGAGCGGAAGUAUGCGCAUGACUUGUGUAUAGAAAAUACGAGCGAGACUAAUAUUCUGCGAGAGAGUGAGUGUGUGAGUGAGUGUGUGAGAGAGAGAGAGAGAGAGAGAGAGAGAGAGAAAAGCUGUUGAAUGUAGAGUGAGUGUUCAUUUGCGAAUCGCUGUGCGGUUAGUGAGAAUGAUAUAAUUGCGUGCAAGGAGAGAUUAUGAGUAAAAUUAUUUAGAGAAAAUCCACAAAAAUGUAUAUAGAAGAUCGUGGGCAUGUUGAAGAAUGUUGGUACUGUGUGGACGCGCGCAUCGGUGCGAUCGCAAAUGGGAAGUUUGUGCGAGCGCGCGCGUGCACACAGCACCUUAGAAAUAUAUAUUUAUUUGCUGUUGCAUCAAAGGAAAGAAGAAUGCGUUGUGUGUAUGCGACAUCGGAUUGAAAUACCAAUUUUUGCACGAUACUUGUAAUCGUGAUCUCUCGGGGUUUACCGCGAAAACGUAGAUAAAAGAAAGAGAAAAAAAUGAAAAGAAGCAGAGGAGAAUCUAUGCUCACGGUAUGCCCUGGUUUCGCUUCGAAAAUAUGCUACAAUGCCGUCGCAAAUUUGAAAUUCUAUCAUUUGAGGCGUGGUUUUGUGAUUUGAAAUUUUGUUAACUCUGAGAAUGCUGGAAAAGAGAGAACGGAAAGUUGGGAUUUCUUUGUAAACAUAUUUAUAGAACGACCGACGUUUCUUUUUCUUUUUGGCUUUUGCUCGUUGGUGUUCGAAAGAAGUCAGACUUUUAAAGAUGUUUGCGUCCUCGUGUAGCAUAUUUUAAGAGAUGUAUAUCCACUGUUUAAUUGUACAUACGAAUAGUUACUUUAGAAGUGAUACACAGUGUGAUUGGUGUACAUAAAAGCGCAUUCGUGUUGCGCGCUUGCCGCGAUAACAGGGAUAGGGAAUGAUUAUGUUAAAACGAGAAACAAACAAGAAAUGCUAUUUAUAGCGUAGAAUAGUCGGAAAGACUUUCUACCAAAGAUCAUUGGUGAAUGGAUUAUAUCUGUCAAGUAUGAUAUGCCGAAGAACGUGUAAAAAACGGAGAAACAAGACAGCACGACAGAACACGAUUAUUAAAGGGAGAGAGAGAGAGAGAGAGAGAGAGAGAGAGAGAGAGAGAGAGAGAGAGAGAGAGAGGAAGUCUCGAGGCAAAUAGAAUGGGUCUUGAGCGUGCAGAGAUAAUUGAAAGGCGAGUAAGAGAGACGAGCGAACGAAAGAAAGAGAGAGAAACCCAUUUAUUGAGAUAAUAUAACGAGAGAUAAGAAUAAAAAAUGUUAUAUUUUUGUAGAUUUGUUAUUGCGUAAAAUGCAUUAAGACAAUGAGAAACUUUAUAUAAUUUGAGUGAUGGUUAAACGAGCCUCUCUGAGAGUGAAAGGACAUUAAACAAGUAAGAUCACAGAGAGAAAGAGAGAGAGAGAGAGAGAAAGAAAGAAAGAGGGAGAGAAGGUAGAAGAAUGAAAGUGCUUUAGACGAUGAUGGUAUGUUGAAGCUAAUAGGAAAACACAUGAAAAAUCUCAUUAAUUCAUCUGUGUCUCUGGAGUUCUCAGAGACAUUGAGUUGCUUGGCGAAUGAAAAAAUUUAGUCGAAACAAGAAACGAUUAACAAAUAUGAUUUGAAUGAUAGCAGAAAAAAUAAAGACGAAGAGGAAGAACACGUGGACAUUGUGUCAGGUUCGAUGCGAGAGCUUAAACGUAUAAUAAACAAUUUUCCCAGAUGUAAUUCGAAAAAGUCGAAGAUUGCUCCAAGUAGAAUUUUCGAAUUUAAAGGAUUCAAGGAAACGAGGUUCCGUGAACGGACGAACUGUUUGUUCACAGAUAAACGACUCGCCAUCGUUCCAAGAUUUUCAAUUGAAGAAAAAGAGAUAUAUACAUAUACAUAUAUAUACAUACAUAUAUAUGCAUACGUAAAUACAUACAUAUACAUGCUCAUGUACCCACACGUUGUUUUUUUUGCGUGUAUACGUGUGCAAGUAGAAAUAUUCGAGAUACAGACGUCGUCAUGUGCAUCUACUUUAAACGAUCGAUAAAGGAAACUAAAGGUCAGCUUAUUUACGAUGGCAUAUUGUAUAUCUAGAAAUCUAGAAACAUACAGUUUUUAGAUCCAACAGAACGGACGAACGAACGAAAAACAUAUUCGAAAGUAAAUGUAAAAACGCCCACUAUACACUUUCGUAUGAUGCUAAAAGAUUUUCUUUCUGAGGAACGACGAUCGGAUCGAACAUUGAACAAAACAAAAAUAUGUAUGCCAGAAGACGUGUACAUAAUAAAAAUCACGAUGAUGGAGGCGAAAGAUGCGAAAACUAAAAAGGUAUGACACAAACACGUGAGAAUGUACACAAGACGAUCAGUUGCCUCUGCACCGAUACGAGCAACGCGAUUAACGUAUGUGUAAACAAGGAAUAAUUUCAUAAUGAUAAUAAUAAUAAUAAUAAUAAUGAUGAUAAAUAGUAUUGAUAAUAAGUAAAUGAAGCGAACAAGCAAUACAUGGACAUAAUACAAAGCAAAACGGGAGAAAUGUGAACGAAUGAAAGCGAAAAAAUAAAGCUGCGUCUCAAGUAAUGAAAUCCGCAUUUAAUGGAACAACGGAGAAGUAUCGUAAACAGAGAAACAAGGCAAAUGGUAGUGUAUGGCGAAUAAAGAUGAGAAAUAAAAGUAUAUGAAAAGUUGUGUGUAAUACGAUCGACGAUAAAGAAAGAGCGCACGCACCAGACUCGUGCCUGCCUGCCUGCCUACCUACCUGCCUACUACCUACCUACCUACCUACCUACCUACCUACCUACCUACCUACCUACCUACCUACCUACCUACCUACCUACCUAUGCUUGUCUUGCCUGCCUUUUGUUGUAAUAAGUAGGGAACGAUGAAGAAAAACAGUAAAAUCGGAUAUAUGAACCGUAACGGAUAAAAGUAAACGAAUAAUGGAAAAGUAUAGGGGCCCACGAGGAUCAACUCAUCCGAGGAAUAAACUCUCUUGUGUACUUUUAGAAGAUAAACUCAUUUUAAUCCAAACGAUCUGUUCAUGCGAUUGCUGUGUCGUAAAAGAAACAAACAGAAAAGGCGAAUAUUAUUGUAUUUGAAAGUUCUGAUGUGCCGCUAAACUCCACGCACUCUGUAUACGUAAACGAUACUGAAAACUGGAACCGAGCUAUAGAUAAACGCUUGUUGUAUAAGCGAGAAAUAAGAGAGGCAAUACCGCAUACCGCCAAUCGGAGCGGUAUCGCUUUUCUUUCUGUUUUCUUCUUUUCGCAAAUCAGUUUCCAAACAACGAUGGACCGUUCUCUUUCGUUUCUGUUUCUUAUGUUAAUUUUGAUUUCUUCUCAAAGUUAUUCCAUCGCUGUUACUCUUUCAUUCGCAAAUCGAUACUGUCACAGCAUUGUUCAUGGAAACGCGAAUCGUUCCUCACCGGACGUACAAUUAAUUAGCAAUUAACAAAUGUAAAACUGCCUCGCUAUUUUGUCGUUCGAUUCCGCCUUGUUAUUCCACUUAUUAUUUAGCUAUUCGUUUCUUCCAUGUCUUACCAUUGUUGUUAUUCGACAUUUUGUUCACCGUUUGAUUUUGUAAUCGCAUUUGUGCUAAAAUUUUGAGUACUUUCGCGACGAAUCACACAAUGAUCAUAUGUAUAUACACAUAGAAGGAAUAUAUUUAUAAAAAGAUCUAUAGAAGAAAAUCGAGCGGAUCAUUUGAUUUCGAUGAUUUGUUUUGAAUGGUGUGGCUGCGUAGACCAUAAGCAUGAUAAGAUAGGGAGAAAGAGCGAAGAAAGCGAAUGAGAAGAAAAAGAAGAAGAGGCAGAGAGAAAGAAAGGAAUGUAAGGAGAUCAGGAUGACGGGUGCCAUUUGCGUAAACGCGUUCACAAUUAUUGUUUCGCCCGUAAUCCUCCACAGAAGCAAGCAACUAAUGGGCAUUAAAGAAAACGUUCGAUGCUUCUUCUGAUUUCUCUUCUGGAAAGCGACGAGAGGUGCAUAGAGAACGACAAAAGGGAUAACGAGUCGUUGCAUAAUGCUCGAAAAUGUAAAUUUUAAGUUUCUCAUUUACCAUAGUUUCUUCGCUUGCAUACCUAUAAACGAGAUACAUUAAAACUACGGUAGCAAAGACAGUAAAAUAAAUAACGAAUAAAUAAUGAAAUAAAAGAACAAAAAAACUAA